AUGGCAGGGGACAACCCAUGCUUUGAAGCUGGGCUCUGCCAGACAAGAGGACGAAACCGGCCCACAUCAGGUAGCACGCACACAAUCAAGCCCGCCUGCCAUUUCUGCCCAACCCACCAGGGCCCGAUGCACGGGACGGGACGACGAGAGUGUGAAACGGGAAAACGGCCGCGCAACCGCCGCCGCCUCCGCGUCCGCCCCCACCUCCUCGCUCGGCACGCGCCAAAACCAGCCACCGGCCGCCGCCUCCGGAGCUGCAGUCCUACGCUCCGGCUCCUCCACCUCCUCACCGCGCUUGUUGAUGACGGCGGAGCAGGAGGGGGAGGGAGGUCCAGGUCCGGGCCCUCGACGGGCGAUCCACGGUCGUCAAGCUGCCCCCGGCGGCUCCGUCCGGGACCUGAAGGCCGCGCUCCGGACCUCAUUCCUGCCGGCGCAAGUCGCCCCAACUUCCACCUCUUCCUCAAGGGUGUUAAAUUGCGUUUAGACGCUGAGAUUGGCAGCCUUGCAAUCGUCGGCGAUGAAUUCAUUGUUCUCGUACCCUUCACAAGGAUGCCACAGCAACGUUCUUCAGUUUGCACGGCAAGUCAAGAGCAGGGCCUCAAUCCACCAAAACAACCAGAAGUGUCUUCUGCGGCUAAUUCAGCUUGGCAAGACAUUAUGGAUGACCUCUCAGCAAUGCCAACCAGCCCACAGUCUGAUGCUGCUUCCAAAGAUUUUUACUCCUCAUGUGACCCGUUCUCUGGGAGAUUUAUGGAGGAUAUGACAGCUGGUCAAAGUUCGUCAAGUGGGUCAUCAAGGAAACGGAGGAAAACUUGCAAGAGAAAUGGAAAUGGUUCCCCACAAAUGGUGUCCCCUGAAGCGAAUGGUACAGCUGAGAAACACAACAUAAGUAAGAAAAGUGGGGUGGCCAAAUCUGCUGCUAUGUCAUGUCAUGAUAUGCACCCUUUGGAACCUGCUGAAAUGGUUGAACAUCUGAAACAAGGACUUGGAAAGGAGGAGCAGAUCGUACAUAUCCAAGAGAUACCAUCUAGAGAGGCAUCAUUUACAAAUCUUCCUUGUAAUCUUUCAGAAGCUAUGAGAGAAGCGCUGAAGAGUAUUGGAAUAUCUAGACUGUAUAGCCACCAGUCUCAAGCCAUAAAGUCCUCUAUUUCUGGAAGGCACAUUGUCGUUGCAACUUCUACAUCAAGUGGAAAGUCUCUAUGUUACAAUAUUCCUGUUCUUGAAUCUCUUUCCCAAGACUCGAUGGCGUGUGCUCUGUACAUAUUUCCGACAAAGGCUUUAGCUCAAGAUCAGUUGAGGACUUUACUAGAGAUGAAGAAUGCAUCUCAUUUUGAUUUUGAUGUUAAAAUAUAUGAUGGUGAUACUCCUAGAGAAGAUCGUUUGUGGAUCGGGGAUAAUGCUUUCAUUGGUAACUAUGUCUCAGGGCUAUAG